AUGAAUCUCUUAUGUAAUUUGGGUAGCACUUUAACCAAUGAAAGUCUCAACAAGACAAUUGCUUCAAAGGCACCUAAGUCACUGCAUUUUUUGGCUUGCAAAACCUUAAAUUUCAGAGCUUCAGAGGUUAAUCGCAAACUAGGAGUAUCGCCUGGAGCACCCACAUUAAAACUUGUAACCUACAGGGACAUGAUCGCACGUAAAAGGAAAGCUAUUUCUAUUACACAUCAAGCCAAACGACGAAGACUCUUACUCAAACAAAAAGGUUAA